AUGUCUAAACUUCCAACUCUCAGCUCUGUGAUUCUUGACUCGGAUGAGGAUGACGACGACUAUGUUCCGGGAGAACAAGAUUCUGACUCGGAUAGCGAGACUGGGAGAGAGGCCAAGAAACCGCGUACAGAGGAAGCUCUAGAUACAAAAAAUAAUAAACUACUUCCGGACGACGCGGCCCGCGAUGCACUUUGGAGCUCAUUCUUGGAAUCAACUCGAGCUGAACCUGUCGGCUCAAACAUUUCAACUCCCAAAUUCGAAGCGAAGAUGGUUACCAUUGAGAAGAAAUACCGAUUCGCGGGAGAAGAUGUAAUAGAAAAGGUGGUCGUUGCUGAAGACGCUCCAGAGGCACAGGAGUGGUGUAAGCACCAAGCCACGGACGACCGAGGCGCGAGUUCAACAACUACGCCUGAUAUCUCAACUCCGGGUUCUAGGAAUUUAACCCCUAGUACCAGUCCUCUUCCCCUAGUGGAGAUGAAAGAUUCGAAAAUGGAAAUACCAUCGUCAGCCAAACCUAAACCCCCUACGAAGCCUCGGAAGUCACUUUCUGGCCUGGCGGCCGCGGCAAAAUCGAAGAAACUAACAACUCUGGACAAAUCUCGCUUGGACUGGCAGUCUCAUCUGGCGUCAGCUACCCAGGAGGAAAGAGACGAACUCGAACGGAACCGAAAAGCAGGAGGUGCAGGAUACCUCGAAAAGGUAGAUUUUCUUGCAAGGGUAGACCAACGAAAAGACGGCGUGUUUGAAGAUAGCAAGCGCAAGCGACGCUGA